AUGGGAAUAGGGGAUGGGGUGCUGCCAUACACUAACUCCGCUCUCUCUUUCUCCCUCCAACCCAACAAGCAGCUGGGAGCAUCCAGCCCAGUGGGAAACCUGGGACCCCCAGGUCCCCCCGGCCUGCCCGGACCCCCAGGCUACCCAGGCCAUGAAGGCCCCCCAGGGGUCCCUGGGCGGGAUGGGCAGCCAGGACCCCCCGGCCCACCGGGGGCUGUGGGACCCCCUGGGUUCCCUGGGGCUGAAGGACCUCCAGGAUCUCCAGGCUUGGCUGGGACAGACGGACCCCCAGGGGCACCGGGGCUCCCAGGGCCCCAAGGUCCCCCUGGGGUGCCUGGGCACGAAGGCCCCCCCGGUCCCAUUGGACCUACAUCACUCCCUGGCAAACCAGGGCUCCGAGGGGAGCCGGGAUUCCCUGGACUAAAGGGCGAGAAGGGUGAAUAUGGACUGCCGGGCAUGCCAGGGAACCCUGGCCGCACUGGAGAGACCGGUGCCCCGGGCAUGCCUGGGCCCAUGGGGCCACCAGGGCCACCGGGGGACUACAGGUGCGACCUGCGCCACGCAGGGCACCAUGGAUCAGCAGGGCCACCGGGCCCCAAGGGAGAAAAGGGCGACCCCGGAGAGCGGGGGUGCUGCUAUGGGGAACAUGGGUGCAAACCAGGCCACCCCCACUUCCCCAGCACCAGCAGCCAGGCUGGCUCCUGGGUACCCAUCAAUGGGUACCAGACGGGCAGCAAAGAGGAGGCAGAGAUUUACGGAGCCAUCAUUCCCCAUGGUCUUCGAGGUCCCCCUGGGAACCCCGGCCCCCCCGGGCCCCCUGGUCCCCCCGGAGCACCAGGACUCCUCUACCUCAAUAGGGUUUACCCCAUCCGUGCCCAGCAGCCCUGCAAGCAGCCGGCAGCCUCGGAUGCAGGCUGGACAGAAGGUGCUGACAUCCCUCGGACGGAGCCUCUGGACUCCCGUGUUGAUCUCCAGCGCCAGAUGUGGGUCUUCAGGACCAAGGAGCUGAUGCUGAAGUCGGGGAGCUCCGUGCCUGAGGGGAGCUUGGUUUAUGUGCGGGAAGGGAGCAGCGCCUUCCUCCGGACCCCCACCGGCUGGAGCCGCCUCCUGCUGGAGGAUUCGAAGUCGCUCUUUGCUGGUGAUGACCCCUCUGCUUCCACCCCACGGUACCAGGAGGCAAAGCGGGUGCAGACAAAAGGUCCUGACACGGCACCGCCUGCACUGACCCCAAUGGACUCACUGGUCCAGAAAGAAGGGGCACAAGAGAUGCCCCAGACCCUGCCCACCACCAUCGCCCCACGGAUCCCAUCACUCCGCCUUGCCGCACUGAACGCGCCCCUCACCGGGGACAUGAGCGGGCUCCGCGGUGCCGACCUGCAGUGCUACCGGCAGUCCCAGGAGGCUCAGCUCUACGGCACUUUCCGGGCGUUCCUGUCAGCCCCUACCCAGGACUUGGUCUCCAUCGUCAAGAGGACGGACAGGAACCUCCCUAUCGUCAACCUGAAGGCAGGUACCCCUGUCCCCUGUGGGGCUGCUGCACCCUGGCCGUGCUCAGCACCUGUGUUAUGGGGAGCUCGGAGGAGCUGA